UAUUUCCUAAUAAGACAUUCAAUUAUUGCAACCUUACUGAUGCACCUGUUGAAAGAGCUGUAAACUUGGUUAAAAUGAGUGUUGAUGGCUACAACAUUGAAGGGUUAGAAGAAUUUGUUGGAGUUUUGGGUGGCAGGUUAACUGAUUUAAGAUUUUUUAUAAAUAAAAUUCGUGGUGGGCAAACUCCUCGAGAUGCCUUAAAUGAUUUAAUAACAAAAGCCACUAUUGAGAUUCGAAAAAUUGGCUUUGGUGAUGAUACGGACGACGCAAAAACUAUCCCUUGGAAGGGAAUACAAUUUUGGAAUGUGAUGAAGGAAUUGGCUCGAAGCGAUCAUGUAUCAUAUGACGCAAUCAAAUUUUCACCAUUCUUUAAUGGGGAUGAUACAGCAAUUAGAGCUAUGGAAGAAGCAGUGUUGAUAAAUAUUUUGCAGCUUAGUGGUCGACCUGAUCAGAUUCAACCUGGAAAACCACUUUAUAAAGCUGCAUUUGAACAUAUAUUAUCUGACUCAAUAUUUGCCGCCACUAUGGAAUUACAAACUGCCCAAUAUAUGUUAUCUCUUGAAACUGGCAAAAUAAAUAAAUUUGAAGAAGAAUUGGAGAAAUUAGGGCAAUUAUUUGUUAAACAAGAAGGAAAAUGGCUAUUGGGUGGUGGACAUGUUCCAGCUUCUGUAAAUGAGAGGGUGAAAUUUUUAUUAUCGAGAUUACAAAAAUCUCAUACAAAUGCUGAGAAAUGGCAAUUAGAAGUUGAUAGGCUUAAAAAAGUUGUUGCAAGUAGUA